AUGAAAUUAGUUACCGCGUUUGCCGGCCUGAUCGCCGCAGCUGAAGGAGCGGCGCUCACCAAUCUGCAAAACAACCUCCAAUCCGCCGUUCAGACAGUCCUUAAACACAGCGAGUCGCAAUCCCGCAAACCAAAUAUUCUAUUCGUGAUCACAGACGACCAGGAUCUCGAACUCGACUCGAUCAACUACACACCGCUGAUCUCGAAACACAUUCGCGAUGAAGGAACUUUCUUCAGGAACCACUUUGUAACAACUGCACUAUGCUGUCCGUCUCGGGUCAGUCUUUGGACCGGUCGCCAGGCGCAUAAUACCAAUGUGACAGAUGUGCACCCACCGUACGGUGGAUAUCCCAAGUUCGUGGAGCGCGGAUUCAAUGAUGAUUUCUUGCCGGUUUGGUUGCAAAAUGCUGGGUAUGAUACUUAUUACACGGGCAAAAUGUUCAACGCUCAUACCGUGGAGAAUUAUCAUUCACCGCAUAUUAAUGGGUUCAAUGGCUCGGAUUUUUUGCUGGACCCUUACACCUACUCUUACUUGAAUUCGACUUAUCAGCGCAAUCGCGACGAGCCAGUCAGUCAUGAGGGUGAACAUACUAUUGAUGUGAUUACAAGGAAAGCCUUGUCCUUCUUGGAUGAUGCCCUAGAUGGCGAGAGACCGUUCUUCCUUGCUGUUUCGCCUGUGGCGCCCCACUCAAAUGUUGAUCCGGGGGCUAUUGCCUCGGGUCAAAUCUAUAUGUCAGCUCCUAUUCCAUUGCAGCGUCAUGAGCAUUUAUUCGAGGAUGUCAGAGUGCCACGCAAUAAGAAUUUCAAUCCAGACCAGCCAAGCGGGGUUAGUUGGGUUCGGGAUCUGCCGAAGCAGAACCAAUCGGUUAUCGAUUAUAAUGAUCACUUUUACCGGUCUCGUCUACGCGCGCUGCAGGGAGUUGAUGAGUUGGUUGAUUCUCUCAUCACCAAACUUGAGGACAGUGAUCAGCUAGAGAAUACAUACGUUAUCUACACUUCUGACAACGGAUUCCACAUCGGUCAGCACCGCCUGCCACCCGGGAAGACUUGUGGUUUUGAGGAGGACAUCCGGGUUCCUCUUUUUAUUCGGGGACCCGGGGUUCCCAAGGGCCAUGUUCAGGAUGCGGUGACUACCCAUGUGGACCUGGCACCCACCUUCUUCCAUUUGGCAGGUAUUCCAGCUAGGGAGGAUUUCGAUGGCACUGCCAUUCCUAUUACACCUGACUUUGAUGGAGAAAGGCAUGAACAUGUCACAGUGGAAUUCUGGGGCUCUGCGGUUGUGGAAGGUAUCUUCAGUGGUAUUGGUCCCGGAGGCUCAACCAUGAUCCCCAACAAUACUUACAAAUCUGUUCGCUUAUUGGGCGAAGGAUACAACUUGUACUAUUCUGUAUGGUGCAACAACGAACACGAGCUCUAUGAUUUGUCGAUUGAUCCUUAUCAACUGAACAACCUAUACCCGACCACACCAAGUGCAAAUGAGGACGAACCUCAAAUUCUCGGACGCAGUCUGACACAAGCUAUCAACCGGCUUGACGCACUCCUGAUGGUCCUCAAGUCUUGCCAAGGGGUGACAUGCAUCCAGCCCUGGGAUGUCUUGCAGCCUGUGGAUGGAGUCAAGAGUCUCCAGGAUGCCUUGGUGCAAGAAUUCGAUGGCUUUUAUGCGGCGCAACCUCAGGUUUCCUUCGACUGGUGUGAUAAGGGAUAUAUUGUUGAAGCGGAAGGGCCGCAGGUGCCAUUGACCAGUCGCUAUGGUGUGUCAUGGGAUGUGUGGGUGUAG